AUGCAUAACCGAUCGAUACUGCAGAAUAGCCUUCUAUUUGGAGCGCCGGUCGCCUUAAUAGCUGGCAUUUUGUCGCAGUUCUUUAUGCCGAGUGCUGAAUGGCUUCUGGCACACGGGCAAGCUGGAGAGUUUUCGCCAGCUGUUCCAACUACUGUGGAACUCGAAAAUGUGGUGCACACCUGCCAUUGUGCUAGGCAGGUGUUGAGUUGGCACGACGUUUUGGUAUUUUUGAAGAAUGAGCUUCUCAGAGUGAACCCUCAAGUAGCUCUUCUUGCGUUCAAUCUAAUGCUAAUUCUACUCCAGAUGCUGAGCUCAAGGAAAAUGCCAAGGGCCCAUGACGAAGACAACGCAGAGGCUGACCUUGAGGGGGAAGACGAUGAGACAAGCAAGUUUAUGAGCUUUGUCCCCAAGUACGAUUCUCGCGAAAGAGCUCUUCUUCAGUUCCAAAAGCUCAAAAGCAAGCCGCUAAACUUUAAAUACGGGUCUGACGACUCGUAUAGCGUACGAGACUCUAGCGACGAUGCGGUAAGCUUAGAAAGACUGCUUCGAAAGUUUUCUAGAAGAGGCAGGUCUUCAGAGGUGAACUCAACAAAGCUAAAAAAGAGCCAACCCCCAGAGACCCCUUCAUCGGCUCAAACGUCAACGAUCGACCUAUCUAUCGCGGUGAUGACGCCUCAGUUGACAAACAGCGUCGGCAGGUCACAUUGUACCUCUCGAACUUCUUCAUUCUCGAAAAGGGAGCUAAAAAACUGUCUUGUAGGUACGCCAGAGUCCCAAUCUAUGUCUUUUCACCAGCCAUCACCUGCCAAGUCAAGUGUUUUAAGUACCAAAGUCACCCAGGAACAGGUUUAUUCUCAGCCCUUCAUAUAUUAG